UUGCUGAGACAGUCGUCAUUGUCAGCGUGAAGGAGUGUUAACAUCGGAGCUACCGGGAAAUUUGGCAUCGUUUUUCCCUCCCUUUUCCUUUGCAAAGAGCGGAAGUGGAUGCCUUGAUUUUUUUUCUUGUGGCAGUGUGCCGGUGCAGAGUGCUUACCUCAGGAUUUACAGUCUAGGGGUGGGGGUAUGAUAAACAGCCGCGAUGGGAGGACGGUUAGCACUGCAACAUCAGACUGGCAGCUCUUGUUCUACAUAGUUUUCUUUUGUUUUCUUCUCGAGAUUGCGCACAUAUUUCACACCCAGCAGCAGCAGCAGAGUCUGGCUGCGUUUUGCAUUGAUCGAUGGAUUACUGCUACUUUAAGGACGUGCUGCCUGCCCGCUGAAGAAGGAAAGAUGCUGAGUUAGAAAGAACAGGAGCACUCUUUGUUUUUAAAGCAGAAGACGGGACAAGCAACUUCAGGAUUAGAAAAGAGACCUGGAUGAAACCGCCCCCUGCUGCUCCCUCCCCCCUCCAGUCCAAACAUGAACUCUUCCUCCGAUGCGAACCAAAGCGUCUCUUCCCCGUUUUGCCUGCUGGGCGCCGUGGGUUACUCCCGCAGCCUGGAUACAUGCGUGCUGGAGGUGGUCAUCAUCCUCUUCCUCACUGUGCUCAUCAUCGCUGGCAACCUGGUGGUGAUCUUCGUCUUCCACUGCGCCCCACUGCUGCACCACCACACCACCAGCCACUUCAUCCAGACCAUGGCGUAUGCUGACCUGCUGGUUGGCGUCAGCUGCCUGGUGCCCUCGCUGUCUCUCCUCCACUACCUUCGAGGCCUGAAUGAGGAGCUCACCUGCAAGGCGUUCGGCUAUAUGGUUUCUGUGCUGAAGAGCGUCUCCAUGGCCUCACUGGCGUGCAUCAGCGUGGACCGCUACAUCGCCAUCACCCGCCCACUGUCGUACGCCACACUGGUGACGCCAUGCCGGCUUAGAGUGUGCAUUGUCCUCAUCUGGGUUUACUCCGCUUUGAUCUUCCUGCCAUCCUUCUUCGACUGGGGGAAGCCAGGUUACCACGGGGACAUAUUUCAGUGGUGCGCAGUCUCUUGGAAGACCAACCCGGGGUUCAGCACCUUCAUCGUUGCACUACUCUAUGCACCAGCAGCGCUCACCGUCUGCUUCACCUACGGGAGUAUAUUUCGGAUCUGCCGGCAGCACACGAGGGAGAUAACCCAGCGCCACGCCCGCUUCAGCUCACAGACCGCGGGCGAUAAAGGUGAGCGGGGGGAGCGGUGCGAGGGCUGCCCAGACAAACGCUACGCCAUGGUGCUGUUCCGCAUCACCAGUGUCUUCUACGUGCUGUGGAUGCCCUACAUCCUCUACUUCCUCCUGGAAAGCGCUGGGCUGUAUCACCAUAAGGUGGCGUCCUUCCUCACAACAUGGUUGGCGAUUAGCAACAGCUUCUGUAACUGUCUCAUCUACAGCCUCUCCAACAGCGUCUUCAGGAAAGGUCUUGGCAGCCUCUUUAGCCCGUUGUUUCCCUCCUGCCUCGGCUGCAUGGAUGCCAAAAAGGCUCCAGCUCCUGUCGCUCCGCGAGCAGACCCUCGAUGUCAAGUAUGAGUCCUGAUGGAUUUGGUUUGGUCACUUUGGAAGGCAUCAACCCUCUGUUUGUGUGUGCUUUGCUCUCAGCUGCGUAGCAUGACACAGGUCUUUUUGGACCCGCAGUGAAGUGUGAUGAGGACAUCCUGCACGGACCACGGAGAGGUGCCCGUGCAGAUGCCUGUCGGUCGUCUCAAAGGCUAAUUUUGUGGAGGCUGUGAAGCUUCUCGAAUGCUCUUUAGUGUGAUGCCGCUCUAUCACGGCUGCAAAGAUCACAAGCUGACAACACGGAGUAAAUGAGUUUGAUGUCGAGGGAGAGCGUGGACUGUAGGAAUAAGAUUCAUGUGCGAUACUUCAGAGGAUUUAAUAAGCACUUCUGUCUGCACUGACUUUACAACUCCCAGAUGCAAAAAAAGGAAAGCACAGCGCGACUUGUGUUGUGUGAUCCGCUGACAUGCAAAAAAUAUUUUCAAUCUUUUCAAGCCUGACUGAAAAAAUCUGAAAAAUGUCUUGGUUCUUUCAGGGUAGACUUAGGUGAUGCAAAACAAAUAAUUAAAAAAAACAGUUAAACACUUGAAACGGACUACUGAUCUGUUUCCAUUAGGGAACUCCGGAUGCUAAUGAGUUAAUGAGUGAAUGAAAAAUCAUUCAUCUGAUAAUCUGUGUGUCAGUUGUGUGUGUGUGUGUGUGUGUGAGAGUAGAUUGAGGUUUAUUUCGGAGCUUGUGUGUUUUUACAAAAGGAUUUCUCUCAUUUGAAGCUGGGUGUUUGUGGGAAGCUCCAAGUAUGUUUACACAGUCACAGGCUUUACAUGAAAUUGUUGAUUUAGGAAUUAGCUUUACUUUCUAAGGUGGCCACGGACCGGGGAGGUUUUUUUUCCUGUCGCCUGUUGCCUGACAGCCACGUAUCCUCGUCAGAGAGACAAUACAUUUUAUUUUUUUGAAGACCUGUAUUCUCUGUUUGCGUUUCCUCCUCAGGUUUAUCAGCAGUACUUUGUUAAGCCUCUGGGCUGCUUGCCUUUUGAUCUGUACAUGACUCUUAAAUCACAAGCCACGUAGCGUCUUAAGAUAAUCACCUCCUGACUCGUCGACUGAUGAUGAUCUGUCUGCUGUCUGUCGGGAUCCACAUGGCCUCCAAGCCAACACUAACUUCGUUGUAAUCUGUAAUUUUAUCGUGAGCCCUCCAGCAGCUGAUGGCGUUUCGUGUAAUCGCUGUGCAUCUCAAGCCCAACCUCAGAGUGUAGGAGGGUCAGAGCACUUUUUCUAAGAGCCAGUGACCGCUUGUGGCUUUGUGUAAAUAUACUUCAAAGUUUAAAUAUUGAAUCAGCGGAUAACUGUAAAGUAGACCGCCAGGAUUACAAAUGAUUUUUUGGAUGAAGUAUUAAGUUUUCUAAGAUUAUUUAUUUGUCACAGCCAAAAGGUCCGACACUCUACACUCGAGACGGAGCCUGUUUUUUUUACAGUGUUGAGAAGAAGUGUUUUUUUACAUACUGCAGGCAGAUUUAAGAUGUCGGAUUUAAAGUCACAAUGAAAUGGUAUUUCUGAGAGCGUCUUGCUCCUGAAUUUGAUAUAUUUGUGGUAGAAAAAGAAGAGCGAACAAAAAACAAAAUAAAAGCUUUGGGAGGGUUGUUCAGAAAAACACUGUUACUGCUACUGUAUGAGCAAAGGUUUAUGGACAGCCAAACCAUAUAGUGUCUGUGGCUGUUUAAAGGUUUGGGCUCCUUAAAUCCAAUUAGGGGAACUUUUUAAAGUAACAUCAUACUUUGUUUUUUUCAAAGGCAAAUCACAGUAUUUGAUCAAAAUUGGACUUAUUUUUGUACUAUGUAAAAAACAUUAUGCCAUAGAAAUGGAUAUUUUCCAUGAAAACCGCAUGCCAGAUUAUUUGUAAAUAAUAAAACUGAACUAAAAAACCAAACCACAGUUUACAACACUUCCACAUUAAUAAACAUAGCUGUCAGAAAGCUGAACCAGAAAUAGCCGAGAGGCUAAAGAGCCUGCUGUUUCCGUUUACUGCAAAAGAAAAAGCCAACUAAGCAAGAGGGCUUUAUCCAGUUAUGUUUAGUCUUAGCUUAAUCCAUGUUUUUACUGUUUUUUCUCAACUAAUAUGUGUAAAUUACAUUUUUUAUGAACAUGCAUCUUGAUAAUAUAACUUUGUUACCCCACAUAACUAAAGUGGUAGCUAAAUUUAAGCAUGAUGGCGAAUAAGUCAAAGUUGAGAUUGUAGUUAACAUGAUAACAUUUUUUGUGGACAAGCUACUUGUAAAUCACAUAUUUAAAUAUAUUAAUUUAUUUUGUUGAUUUCAGGGUAAUUAUUAACAAAUAGUGUAUUGAAAGCUAAAAAGAAUACGUAUAUAUAGGCCUACUUUAUUUAUGUUUUGUCAGAUCCAAUGAAUUUAGGGGUAAGAAGACUAAAUGAAUGCAGCUCAUCUCAUUGAUCUGUUACAGUUUCCCAACUGCCUUUAACCUUAAAUAGAGCUGAAACUCACCAAUACGUUUAUUAUCGAUUAAUCAAUUAAAUGUCAGAAAAUAGGGGAAAAUGUCCAUCCCAGUUUUUUCAAAGUCCAAGGUGAUGUUUUUAAAUGUCUGGUUUGUCAGUCCAGAGCCCAAAGAUAUCCAGUUUAAUGUGAUAGCAGGACCCCUCCUUAUUUUAGAGGCUGAAAACAGAAUUGUUUGUCAUUUUUGAAUGAAAGAUAUUAAUCGACCAAUCGUUGCAGCUCUACCGUUAAACCCUUCAGCUUUUCUUUAGGGGGCCCACAAACAUUUUGUCAUGAAGUAUAAUUAAACAUGCAUUGAUUAUUACUUGUGUUAAAUGUGUUCCCGGUAGGACUUUGGAAUAAAAAUAUGGGAACAUUUGAAAAAUGUACAUUUCGUGUUACACAUGUACAAGGGA